AUGUACUGCAUUUCUGAGUACUGUACAAUUGAUGAGAGACUAGAGCCGUUCCGUGGAAGAUGCCAGUUUCGUCAAUACAUCAAGAGCAAACCAGCGAAAUAUGGCAUAAAUAUUUUUGCAUUAUGUGAUGCCCGCACUUUGUAUACACAUAAUCUUGAAGUUUAUGUUGGUCAACAGCCUGAUGGACCUUUCAGAGUAAGUAAUAAACCAAGUGAUAUUGUAAAGAGACUUGUUGCUCCAAUUUCUCAAACUGGUCGUAGUAUAACUAUGGAUAAUUGGUUCAUGAAUUUACCUUUAGAAUUGUUGGAGGAAAACAAGCUUACAACUGUUGGUACAAUUAGAAAGAAUAAGAAAGAAAUUCCUAAGGAAUUUUUACCACAUUAG